CGUCCACUUGUGUACAUGUCUAGCUAGGUGGGUCUCCAUCCAUCGAUCUGUGUCGUCUCUGUGUGUGGCGUGUGGGUGUAGUUAGGGCUGGUGGUCUUGUACUACCUAGUCGACCUCUUCUUCUUUCUCCCCUCCUCCUGACCUCCUCCUCCUCCUGCGUGCUAUAAAGAAGCUAGGCUGCGUGGACGGGAGGGUAAUGACACGAGCAGCAGCAUCAGGCCGCCGUCGACCGAGCUCGAGCAUGGGGGGAGCAUCCGGAGGCGACCAGCAGCCGCAGCAGCACGGCGGCGCCGACGACGCAGACGAUGGGCACCUGCAGCAAGCAAGCGGAGGCGACAUGGUGAUGCCCGGGUUCCGGUUCCACCCCACGGAGGAAGAGCUCAUCGACUUCUACCUCCGCCGUAGGGUGGAGGGCAAGCGCUUCAACAUCGAGCUCAUCAACCUCGUCGACCUCUACCGUUACGACCCAUGGGAUCUCCCUGCUCUGGCCUCCAUUGGGGACAAGGAGUGGUACUUCUACGUGCCGAGAGACCGCAAGUACCGCAACGGCGACCGCCCCAACCGGGUGACGCCGUCGGGCUACUGGAAGGCCACGGGGGCCGACCGGACGGUGUACGUCGAGGUCAAGCGGCCGAUCGGGCUCAAGAAGACGCUGGUAUUCUACGUGGGGAAGGCGCCCAAGGGACUUAGGAGCAGCUGGAUCAUGAACGAGUAUCGCCUUCCUUCCGGCGAGGCUGACCGCUACCAAAAGGAAAUUUCUCUUUGCAAAGUGUACAAACGACCAGGGAUCGAGGACAACUUUCACCUCAGCACCACCACGGCAAGAUCAUCUGGCUCAAAGGCAGCAGCAAACAUGGACAAGAAGCACCACCGGACGUCGGCGUCGCCCCGCCUGGCGCCGAUGUUCGACGGUGGCCACUCAUCAGCUCACAUGAACAAGCCAUACGGUGGAGCAAACACCGCCAUAGCCAUAACAUCAUCAGCUGCAGCUCGAGCAGUAACAAUGGUGCCUCAGACGUCAAUGUUCCUAUCAACACCCUCACUUAGCUCCACCACGUCGACGGAGGAGGACGGUACAUCACUCUACCUCAUGAAGGGUGCUAAUAACUCACCGAUGUUGCAUUCUUCCACACAUGCCCUGCUUAAUGCAAACUCGGCUACAAUGGCAACAAUUCCAAUAGAUGAGCUGAGUAGGGCAAUCGGAUCAUAUAGUAGCCAAGGAAACCCUAACCAUCCCUUGCCAUCACAAGGUCCAUUGCUUCCUUUUCCUAGUAUGGAAAAGAUUUGGGAUUGGAAUCCACUCCUAGAAUCUCCCAAGGUUUGCACAAGCUUCAAGUGACUUCCAAGUGACUCGAAGCAUAUAUAUGCAUGCAUGCUUGCACGUAUUAUAUAUAUGAAUACAGGUGUGUGUAUAUGUGCAGGCGCCACAAAAUUAUUAUUUGGGCUAGAAUAUGGUUAAGAUGUAAUGGAAUAUAUAGGGUGAGUUAGUUCUAGUCCUAUGCAAUGCAUGCUCCGCUAUAUUAAUCAGUUCACCAUCUCCACACAUCAAUAGUUGGUGUAACGAUAUGUUAAUUUCUAUUAUUUGAUAAUGCAGACCUUGUAGUUGAACUCGAUUAAAUUAAAGAUGGAAUAAAUAUUAUUUGGUCACCUGGUCUUAGGCUUAUAUAUGUAUGUUUCAGUGAUCAUUUCAACUUAAUUUUAUUGUCCCACCAGCAUUAUUAGUUUACAUAUUUCAUGUUUCCAUGAAAUGACAAAAGGACGUAUGCAAAUAUGUCCAUAUAUUAUAUAUAUUGAGAUUUGUACAUGUGCACCGUUGAAAAAUAAACCUUAUUUUGUUAUUGGCAUGUUCUAA